AUGGCUAUGGUGCUUAUUACACCAGACGUGACGAUGCUCUGCUCCAUAGUCUCCUCGUGGACGGACAGCAACGGCCCGCGGAAACAGUCGAGGCAACGCCUCCCUCCUCAAACCCACCUCCCCUUCCCUCCCUGUUACCCUCCCUUCUCUCGUGCCCACAUCAUGUCGUGCAGAGAGGCGCUGGCAGCCAAGGACGCCGCCACUGCAGUCCCUGAGCUGGGCCUAAUCGACACCAUGCUGAAGGAACUCGCGGAAUACCUGGGAAGGUCGCAUCCCUCUCACAAUGAGUUCAAAGAGCUGCAGGAGGUGUUUUGCCAGACGAACCUUGAACUGCAGGGAAUUCACGCAGUUCGUUGGCUGAGCCGAGGCGAUGCCAUCACGCGCUUGGUGCGUGUGCUCCCUGCCGUCAUCGUCCUUAUGUGGGAGUGGGACGACGACUUCUACCCCAUUGUGACUUCUGUGAAGUUCAAUGUGUAUCUCUAUUACCUCGUAGACAUGCUCAUCAUCCUCAACAACCUCAACCUGGAGUUUCAGAAGCGGGAGGUGAGUUGCCCCGGCCUUCCCUCCCCAACCUUCCCUCCCCGGCCUUCCCUCCCCGGCCUUCCCUCCCCGGCCUUCCCUCCCCGGCCUUCCCUCCCCGGCCUUCCCUCCCCGGCCUUCCCUCCCCGGCCUUCCCUCCCCGACCUUCCCUCCCCGGCCUUCCCUCCCCGGCCUUCCCUCCCCGGCCUUCCCUCCCCGGCCUUCCCUCCCCGGCCUUCCUCCUUGCCCCGCAUCUCCCCCUUCUCCCCCCUUGACUCACCCUUUACUCUCUCCCUUCUCUGCCCGUCUUCCCUACUUCUCCCCUUUCUCUCCCCGUCCUUGUUGAAACUGUACCUUGUCAUGUGGCAGGUCGACAUGACAUCGGUGCAGUCGACUGUGCGCCGCACCUUGAUCACCAUCCGUACGCGCUACAUCGAGUGCAGCGAUGACUUCGGUGGCGGCCCACAACAACAUCUCGGGGCCUUCCUAGCCAGGCUCAGUAAGUCUCGAAAAGUCACGGUGGAUGGCGUGGACAAGGAGGGGCGGCCGCGAAAACAUAGCUUCGAGCUGCACGAGGAGGCAUUGACGGGCUACAGCAAGACCCCGGAUGACUUGCAGUCGUGCCUCGACGUCUGCCGCCGCCACGCCAAGUCGACGCUCAGCCACCUCCAGUCGAGGCUGGGGGAUCUUGAAAGCCUGAACGGUGUCAGGCUUUUUAUGCCAGACACGUACCCUGAUGACAAGGAGAGACGCGCUGAGGAGUGCCUCGAGCACUUUGAGACUCUCGUCGACUUGUUCCAUGCCCGCGAGCGAGCAGACAUUCUCCCGGGUGUGGACAAGCGUGCUGCCAAGAGGGAACUGAGGACAUUCGUCCCUGUCCUGGCUGGCAUUGUGGAUUUGUGGCGCAGCAACAAGAAGAGGAGGCCUACUAGGAGAAGGGAGAAGCAGAGGCACAGGCCAGUGAGUGCGGCGGGGAAGGGGGGGGACGUGUUGGAGGACGGACAAGAAACAGAUACUGAACAUGGCAGCAGCAGCAGCAACGACAGUGGGUUUAGUAGUAGCAGCGAUGAUGAUGAUGAGGAGGAGGGCUAA